UGCACAACGCUUGCAUCUACAACCGCACCGAGGACCAGCGGGGUCAUCGCUCGGCGUACCAGCGGCGCCAUCGCUCAGCAUAUCGCCGACGCCAUCGCUGCACCCAGGAGAAGCGUCAUCUCAGGAAGCAGGAUCGUCCCCAGACGGCGCGAUGAUCUACCAAAUGCUGCAAUUAAUGCAGAAGCAGAUGGCCCAACAGCAGCAAAUGAUGUCGCAAUUAAUGCAAUUGCACCCGCUCCCGCAAACGUCGCAGCCCCAGCAGCAUUCGCAGCAGCAGUCUUUCGUCCCGCAGCAGCAGCCCGAGCUUACCAUGGAUGCUUUGGCGAGCAGCAUUUCCGAGUUUCGGUACGAGGCCGAGUCAGACGUUACGUUUUCCGCCUGGUUUUUACGUUACGACGACCUGUUUAAGCAGGACGCCUCCCGACUCGACAACGCGGCGAAAGUUCGUUUACUCGUGCGUAAGCUGGGCACGACAGAGCAUUCACGGUAUACCAGCUUUAUCCUUCCACGAGUUCCGCGCGAUGUGAGUUUCCAAGAUACAGUCAGCAUAUUGAGUUCACUUUUCGGAAGGGCUGAGUUGCUUGUCAGCAAACGAUACAAAUGCAUGAAACUGACAAAAGCGCAAUCCGAAGACAUACUCACAUUCAUCUGCCGCGUGAACCGAUCGUGCGUCGACUACCAGUUUUCGUCCAUGAGUGAGAAUCAGUUUAAGUGUUUGACGCUCGUGUGUGGAUUAAAGGAUGAGGCUGAUUCAGACAUCCGCACACGACUUCUCGCACGCAUCGAGGAACGAAGUGACGUUACUUUGGAGGAUCUUGCAGCAGAGUGCCAGCGGAUAAAGAGCCUGAAGGUUGACAGCGCGAUGAUUGGAACGGAGUCGCGUGAACGAGUCCUUGCAGUGCACGGUGCAGGUAUGCAGUCGAACCAGCGGUACCAUCGAUCGGGCACGCAACCAGCUAAUUUCCGGAAGCAGAAAUCGAGUGAUUCCGGACCAUCGGCGAAACCAUCGAAACCCUGCUGGUUAUGCGGUGAGCUUCAUUGGUCCAGAGUCUGCAAGUUCAAAUCGCAUAAGUGCUCCAAUUGUGGAAAAAUCGGUCAUCGGGAAGGGUUUUGCCGCACAUCAGGACCGAUAAGACGACAGCGCAACUUUCAAAAGCACCGGCAGGUAACAUCACGUGUUGUAACUGUAAAUAUUUGCAGGGUUAACGACAGACGAAAAUACGUCAACCUGACCAUGUGUGGUCAACACGUGAGCUUGCAGCUAGACACUGGGUCGGACAUAACAGUCAUCAGUCGCUCGUUGUGGCAACAACUGGGCAAACCAUCGUUAGUUCCGGUAGAGGUCAACGCUAGGACAGCAUCGGGUGAGGAGCUUCAACUCGACGGUGAAUUCGAAACCAGCAUUGAAAUGGCAGGCUCCAAACCGACCACCGCCCCUUAUUACGCAUCUUCGGCCUAAAGAAAAGCAUCCCAGUAUUCACAGCGAAUAGACUGCAACGCUUUGCGCUAACACUGCAGUUAUACGACUUUUCGAUUGAGUACGUCCCCACCGGAAACUUUGGAAAUGCUGACAUUCUCUCAAGGCUCAUAAGAAAUCACGCUAAACCGGAGACAGAAUACGUCAUCGCCAGCCUCCAGCUAGAAGAGGAUGUAAGGUCCGUAGUUCUCAACAUGAUUAAUACAUUCCCUCUCAAUUUCAGAGACAUAGAGGAAGGGAUACGGACAGAUUCCCUACUAUGGAAGGUUCACAAAUACAUCCAAGAAGGCUGGCCGUCUGACUCGUCAUAUGGAAUGGAGUUAGCACGCUUCUAUAAUAGAAAGGAUGACCUGUCGACCGUAGGUGAUUGUGUUCUUUUUAGAGAGAGAGUAGUAAUCCCCAGAAAACUACGCAUGCGGUGCUUGAAUCAACUUCAUAGAGGGCAUCCAGGGAUUCAACGCAUGAAGUCCGUCGCUCGCAGCUAUUUAUACUGGCCAUCUAUUGAUGAGGAUGUAGCCGACUGCGUUUCCAGCUGUACAGCAUGCAUGGCAGUCGCAAAAUCACCACCUCUACUAGAACCAAAGUUUUGGCCAAAGACCACCAAACCGUGGGAAAGAGUGCAUAUAGACUAUGCAGGACCAGUUGAUGGAGCUAACUUUUUGAUCGUGGUUGACGCAUUCUCAAAGUGGCCUGAAGUUAUGAAGACAAUCACCACAACCACUACAGCUACCAUUUCGAUGCUGCGAAGCAUCUUUGCACGUUUUGGCAUGCCUGAAAAACUAGUCAGCGAUAACGGAGCCCAAUUUACAAGCGACACGUGUAAAGAUUACUGCAAGCAAAGUGGCAUUGAACAUAUUAAAACACCGCCGUUUCACCCACAGUCUAAUGGGCAAGCAGAGCGCUUUGUGGAUACUAUGAAAAGAGCCCUGAAGAAAAUCCAAUCAGAGGAGAUGUCCACUGAAACGGCACUCGACACCUUCCUGCAAACAUAUCGCUCAACUCCGCACCCUGCACUUAACCAACGCACGCCAGCUGAAGUUUUAUUUCAUCGAAACAUUAGAAUUCCCUUAGAUCUGAUACGCCCAACUACAACAACACAUUCCGAAGUCGACCAACGAGAUGAUCAGCAACCGCCAGCAGCUAGACAGUUUCAACCUGGAGAUGCUGUCUAUAUGAAACAUUAUUCGCGCAAUGCUUGGCAGUGGAUUCCCGGAAUGGAAUCGAAACGGAUCGGAAGCGUAAUGUACGAGAUUAUCACCGAUGGACAUCGCCCUCAUCGUCGACAUGCCAAUCAAAUGCGCGCACGUACAUCGAGUGGCCGAGGACAUCUUGCCGGCGACUCAACUAAGCAUCAGCUGCCGCUUGAUAUUCUUACGGAAGUGGCACCGACACCGUGGGCAACGACACCAAAGGCACCGAUACCCGUGGAACGGAACAACGAUCCGUCCAGCACAUCACAACGUUUUUCUUCCGAUAGGUCCCCAACGCAGCAGAUUGUACAGCCUCUACCAUCUGCAUCCGAGACCAGCAUCAGACAGCCGAUACAACCGCCACGCCGAUCUUCUAGGCUUAGAAGACCUCCGCGUAGGCUCGAUGGAUAUCGGCUAUACUAAAAAGGGGGAGAUGUUGUGACCCGACCUGCCGAACUUGCAAUCGCCGUUAUUGCAGUCACUCACCGCUGACAGUCCUGCCAGCGUGUUGAUGUGUUAGUGAGAGCGGUUCGGCAGGAUAGGGCAAUGAUCGCUCGCCAGGCCAACGAACGGGAGCGAUGGUGCCGAACACGUUGGUUGUAACGCGGCACUUACAAGAACGUCCUCGGUGCAAGCAGUCAGAUUUUUUUUUAU